GAAUUUUUGGGAAUGAUGGGAGUUAAAAUUUUGCAACAGAUGGAGUCACCCAUUUUGUGUAUCAUAGCUAGUACAGAAAAUGGAAGCAGGAUGGGAAUGGUUGCUUAGUUACGCUCUGAUGGUUGGGGCAAAGGGAAUGGGGAAGAAAAAGGCAGUUAGGAGGAAGUGAGCACAGAGCGGCAGCAAAGGAUGCUGGGACCUGUAGUUUAAAGACAGCAUGUGGGGAAGGGAGCAAGUAGGAUGGCAGAAAGGUGUAUUAGAGCCACGUACAGGAGAUGUAUUAGGUCACAGUAGAAUAAUAGAUGCAAGGUUAAUGUCUAAAGCUGAUCUGAGUUAUUUUUUUUUUUUAUCCCGUUCAUUGGAUAUCCCCUUAAUGGGGUACUCUGGACCCAUUAACAAUCAAAGAGGAGAGCCUGAGUAUCCCAAAUAUCUACCACUGAGGAAAAACUGAGGUUGGACAGGUUGGAUAUCACAAAUAAACUCUUCCAUUACAGUCCUCAGUCUCUUCCUGAUUGGUCCACAGGGUUACGACAUAUGGCCUGGUUAUACGAACCAAUAUUUUACACAGGGUAGUAAUUUUGACUGUGAGUCCAGAAUCAGUAAAGGAAUUUCUGAUGUCUCCAAAAUACACAAAGGAUUGGUUUUACGAUCGUCUAUUCAGCCUGUUUGGAGUGCGAUUCAUGGGAAAAGGCUUAGUGACUGAUCGGGACAAUGACCAUUGGCACAAGCAAAGGAGGAUCAUGGAUCCAGCAUUCAGUAGGACAUACUUGAUAGAAUUAAUGGAACCUUUCAAUGAGAAAGCAGAGGAGCUGAUGGAGAGACUUGCAGAAAAAGCUGACUGGAGCCGCCAUGUUGGGAUGCACGCUAUGAUGAGCAGAGUCACCUUGGACGUGAUUUCAAAGGUUGCCUUUGGAAUGGAGAUGAACUCCUUGGAGAAUGACCGGACGCCAUUUCCACGGGCCAUAUCGCUGGCGAUGAGGGCAAUGGUGGAGAUGAGAAACCCCUUCAUUAGGUUCUCAUUGGAAAAGCGAGCCUUCAUAAGAGAAGUCCAGGAAAGCGUCUUAUUGCUCCGGAAGACAGGGAGAGAAUGCAUUGAGAGGCGGAAGAAAGCAAUUCAGGAUGGGGAGGAGAUUCCUGUGGAUAUACUCACCCAGAUACUCAAAGGAGCAGAUCUGGAGGGUGAUUGUGAUAUGGAAGAUUUACUCGAUAACUUUGUGACGUUCUUUAUUGCAGGACAAGAAACUACGGCCAAUCAGCUUUCAUUUACCAUUAUGGAACUGACCCGGAAUCCGGAGAUACUAGAAAAGGUCCAGGCUGAAGUGGAUGAAGUUAUUGGCGCCAAAAGAGAUAUUGAAUAUGACGAUCUUGGGGAACUACAAUACCUGUCUCAGGUUCUGAAAGAGGCUCUGCGAUUAUACCCUACAGCUCCAGGUACAUCAAGGGCAAUAGAAGAAGAAACUGUCAUAGAAGGAGUGAGAAUUCCACCAAAAGUGACCCUGAUGUUUAACUCAUACGUCAUGGGGAGGAUGCCGCAGUUUUAUCCGGACCCUCUUGUCUUCAAUCCAGACCGAUUCCACCAAGAUGCUCCCAAACCAUAUUACUCUUACUUUCCAUUCUCUUUGGGACCACGCUCUUGCAUUGGUCAAGUCUUUGCACAGAUGGAGGCGAAGGUGGUCAUGGCCAAACUCCUGCAGAGAUUUCAGUUUGAGUUGGUGGAAGGACAGAGCUUCAGGAUUAUGGACACAGGUUCCUUGCGACCCAUGGAUGGGGUGAUUUGCAGGCUGAGACCCAGAAGCAGCUCAGGAAAAGCAAAGAAAAUUGACUAGAUCGCUUUAUUAGGCUGAUGCUACAUACCAACGUAAAUAGGCAAUGUCAGAUACAAUAACUUUUGAUAUGUAUUAAAGCAUGC